UUUACAAAUUAUUUUAGGUGAUGGAAGGAUGGACAGUCCUGGCCAUUGUGCCCAGUACUGCACCUACACAUUUAUGGAGAUGGAUACCAAAAAGAUUUUAUGCAUAGUGACCAUGGACAAACGGAUGACUGAUAGAAAAAGUACAAAUCUGGAGAAGGCCUGUUUCCUGAAAGGUUUACAGUUUCUAUUAGGAAGAGGAAUGAAGAUAGCCGAAAUAGUUACUGAUGCCCAUGUCCAAGUUGAAGCAUUAAUGAGGAGAGAAUUUCCAAAUAUCAAACAUUCCUUUGAUAUUUGGCAUGGGGCCAAAAAUCUAGGAAAGAAGGUCAUAAAG